GAGAGCCCGAGCUGAUGGCAGAGCUAUGCGGAGGAGAAGCAUCGUGCCUGUGGAUGUAGCAGGAACUUUCCAGAGCUUCUCCCGCGGGGAUGUGAGCAGGAACCAAACACUGGAGGGAACCAAGCAGCGCCCAACGGAGGGAGUAGCCUAAAAUGUGGAUGAACUGACAUCCACUCCUCUAUCCGGGUUGGUUAUUCACGCAACUUGAAGAACCAGAGCGCAAAUUUCUGAAAAUGGCCGUUCGUGGAAACUCGCUGAUGCCUUUUUCGAUCCAAGCCAUCCUGAACAAAAAGGACGACAGCAGGCACUUACCAGACUUGGACAUGUGUUUCUCCAAAACGGCGUGCUGGAAAAUAUUUGGGGAGAUGAACGGGGGCUCUCGCGGAGCCGAUGAGGAGGCUUGUGAGCCCGCAGAUCAGAAAAGCUACGACUCGGACUCGGGUCUGAGCGACGACAACGACAGCAAGACUCCGGCGGCGUGCAAGUCGGAGAAGGACGGGGAUCCUGCAUCGGACGUGUUGGAGGAAAGUUUUCAGGAAGAGACGGACCAUGAGUCUGCAGCUGCGGAGAACGCGAAGAGUGACAGCGAGCCCAAUAAUGCCACGGACUCCAGCACCCUGGACGAGAAGAGCCUGGAUCAGCCCAAACAGCGGAAGAAGCGCUCCAGGGCCGCUUUCUCUCACGCGCAGGUUUUCGAGCUGGAGCGCCGUUUCAACCACCAGCGGUACCUGUCCGGGCCUGAGCGCGCGGACCUGGCGGCUUCCCUGAAGCUCACUGAGACUCAGGUCAAGAUCUGGUUCCAGAACCGCAGGUAUAAGACGAAGCGUCGCCAGAUGGCCGCCGAUCUCAUGGCCUCCACCCCGGCUGCGAAGAAGGUGGCGGUGAAAGUUUUGGUGCGGGACGACCAGAGACAGUACGGCCCGGGGGAGAUCCUGCGGCCCCCGCUGCUCUCCCUGCAGCCGUCCUACUAUUACCCCUAUGCCUACUGCCUCCCUGCGUGGACACUCUCUGCGUGCGCGGGGAACCAGUGAGAACUCGGUGACUGUAUUUAUUCAUUUUUCUUAAUAUUUUCACUCCCAGGAAAUUCAAGUUUGUAUUUUUCUGACAAGAGGAGGAGCGUCUCCAAUGAACUGCCUCACCGCGGUGUUCAGGCCAGAUCAGGGUUCCUAAAACAUCCCAGAAUCCUCACAGUGACUCCUUCUCUCAUGUAGUGAGUCUGUCCGGAGGAGCCCGGAGUCAGAGGACUUCUCUGAUCCUUUAGACAUGAAAGCAGAAUGUAAAUGAGCGGGAGACUCGCUGGAACACUUCAGUCUUCUCCUGGGAGACUUCUGAGACUCCUCUUAGGGAACAUGUGGCAUCAGACUGAACAUGCCACCUUUAUUUCACACGCGCCUUCCUACCUCUGCAGUGAUUGGAUACAAGCAUAUUCCGUUGACCUUUCAUAGAGUUGUUCUGUUGCAGGGUGUGUUUAUGUGUUGUUUCUUGCUGUGUUUGUAAAGGUAAGAUAUUUGGGCACCUUUGAGCGUAUCCGGUUAUUAUUUCAGUGUAAAAAUGUGCUCAGGUGUCGGACUGAGAGGAGGGGGACUUUCUAGUCCUGACAGCAGACAGACCAACUGAACUGUACCUUUAUUAUCGUGUUCAAUGACUGUUUAGACAUUAAAACAUAUCAGGCAUAACUUA